UCCUUUAGUGGUCUGUUAUGUUGUUCGAUGUAAAUGAAUACGAGAAUGGUAUGUGGCUAGGAAAGUCUUUAAUUAUUUUGGGGAACUCCUAUGUGCUUCAAAGAUACAUGUGGAAAAUCUAAUAGUAUAAAUAACAUGUCUCGGAACAAAGUAUGGAAGUGGCAAUGUCCAUAUUAAAUCUGAAUUGUAAUACUUACUUCGACAAGUGUUUGCAUUAUGUGAUCAACUCUAUGCAAGUUCUUCAUCAUUUUUUGAAGUUAUAGAAGCUACUAAACGCAUUGCGAAUGUGCUUGUGCAUGUUAGAUUAGAAUAUAGACAUAUGCCACAUGUUUGCCAAACUAAUAGAUCUGGUUAAGAGCAGCAUGAAGAUGAACACAUACCAAGACUUUGAUCGGCACCGAUGGUCGCCAUCACCGGCCAAGUCCCCCGCCGCAUGAUCGGCACCGAUGCCUUUCAGGAAACCCCAAUUGUCGAGGUAACUAGGUCAAUUACGAAGCACAAUUAUCUCGUGUUGGAUGUUGAUGAUAUUCCUAGAAUUGUGAAAGAGGCCUUCUUCAUAGCCCGAUCCGGUAGGCCCGGCCCUGUUCUGAUCGAUGUUCCUAAAGAUAUUCAGCAGCAGAUGGUGGUUCCGAAUUGGAAUCAGCCUAUGCGAUUGAGUGGGUAUUUGUCUAGAUUGCCUAAACCCCCUUGCCAGAUGUUGUUGGAGCAGAUUGUUAGGUUAGUAUCCGAAUCGAAGAAGCCGGUGCUUUAUGUAGGAGGGGGUUGUUUGAAUUCGAGCGAGGAGCUGAGGAAAUUCGUCGAGCUUACUGGAAUUCCGGUUGCGAGCACCUUGAUGGGGCUCGGUUCGUAUCCUGGCUUGGAUGAGGAUUUCGCCUUGCAAAUGCUGGGGAUGCACGGCACUGUGUACGCGAAUUAUUCAGUGGACAAGAGUGAUUUGUUGCUUGCGUUUGGGGUUAGGUUUGACGACCGUGUGACUGGUAAGCUCGAGGCGUUUGCUAGCCGGGCGAAGAUUGUUCACAUUGAUAUUGACUCGGCUGAGAUUGGGAAGAAUAAGCAGCCUCAUGUCUCGAUUUGUGCUGAUAUCAAGCUGGCUCUUGAGGGGUUGAAUUCGAUACUUGAGGAUAAAGUGCACCGUGGUGGUGUUAGCCUCGACUUUUCAGCGUGGAGGGAUGAGUUGAAGGAGCAGAGGAUCAAGCACCCCUUGAGUUUCCAGACGUUUGGAGAUGUCCCCCCUCAAUACGCGAUUCAGAUGCUGGACAAAUUGACAGGGGGAAAUGCUAUCAUUAGCACCGGCGUGGGGCAGCACCAAAUGUGGGCUGCGCAGUUCUACAAGUACAAUAGGCCGAGGCAGUGGCUGACCUCGGCUGGUCUUGGCGCGAUGGGAUUUGGUCUCCCUGCUGCCAUUGGAGCUGCUGUUGCGAGGCCUGAUGCUCUCGUGGUGGACAUUGAUGGCGAUGGGAGUUUCAUGAUGAACGUUCAAGAGUUGGCCACGAUAAGAGUGGAGAACCUUCCGAUCAAGAUAAUGCUGUUGAAUAACCAGCACCUGGGCAUGGUGGUGCAAUGGGAAGACCGUUUCUAUAAGGCCAACCGCGCUCACACUCAUCUGGGAAACCCUUCGGAUGAGUCACAGAUAUUCCCCAACAUGCUCAAGUUCGCAGAGGCGUGCAACAUACCAGCAGCCCGGGUGACUAGGAAGGAAGAUCUGAGGGCGGCGUUGCAGAAGAUGCUGGACACCCCCGGCCCGUACUUGUUGGAUGUGAUCGUCCCUCAUCAAGAGCACGUGCUGCCUAUGAUUCCGAGUGGCGGUGCUUUUAAAGAUGUGAUCACUGAAGGCGACGGAAGAACUAAAUAUUGAGCUAGAUGAGUAUAUUAUAAAGAGUAUGAAGCAGGAAGAGGUAUUGCUUAUUUUCUGCUGUUAGUGUUUUUUGUAUUAGGUGAUUGGAGAGGUUGAAAAUCAUCUGUUAUUGAGGAGUGUAAUGGUAGUUGUUUGAUGAUAAUGUAUGUACUUUUGAUCUAGGGUGUAAUAACUAAUAAUGCUAUCUAUGUAUGUAAGAUUUUAGUGCAUGGAUUGAUUGUUUUUAUGGAU